CCGCUGAGCAUAAAAACUCAAGGUCGUCCGCCAAGGUAUCCGAGUGAAGAAGGCCUCUACGUCGGCAAAGCCCCAUUCGUGGCGCCUAAAAAUCUGCGAUGUCUUGAACAACGGCUGGUGCACGAAGCUCAGCUUGAGGCCAUAACAGAUGGUGCUUUUAGUGCGAUCCUUAAGCAGCCAGAGGCCCUCGAGUUCAAGCAUUUUGAUCUCACAAAGAACUUAGGGGCGGCGAAUCAACAGGAACAAAUCAUUUCAAAGAUCAUGGAGCUUGUGAAGGUGAUUACUUGUCUUUAUCUUUUGCAUGACUACUCAUUUGAUGUAAAUGGAGAUAAUGUUUAUAUACGGUUGGUUGUAGGUCUAAAGAAGAAUUGA